CUCGUACAUGGUAGUGAGCGCCUCGUCGACUUCGCCUGCUCUUCCUCCUCCUCAUCACUCAACUCUCUUUGUCGCCAGCGCCAAGACCAACACCGCUGCCAGGAUUGAAAAUAGCAAAUCCGCCCUCCUCAUCCCGCCGUCGACACUGCUUUUACGCUUCCCAAUUUGCUCUUACCUGUACUCACUUCCAUCUGCAACCCGGCAUUAGUUACUGUCGAACGGAUUGCCGUCCAAGCUGAUCCAAAAACAAUCGCCCUUGCCGUCGAAACCGCUUGUCCUGCACCGCAGACAAUUGGGGCCCCCUCAGCCUGCUUGUUCCACAGACUCCCGACGCGAUAACAACACCUCAGACUGCUCCAAAAGUCGUCAACCUGCGCACAUCCUUCCAUCGAGGCCCCAGGUUUCCCGGGCGUUCUUCUAGCUGAGCGCUCUGCAGGCUAUUCUGCAUUCCCUAUUCUGUACCUGAUAGAGUUGUGAGCUUCUCGUAACAACCUACGCGUAUCGAUUUCCCGUUCUCCAUUCCUCCCGACCCUAUCUGGUCGGCGCCUUCCCCCUUCCUCCCUGCCCCGCCCGCGGCGAGUACACCAUGGCAGAACAGCAUGAGGUGGAUUUAGACUCUGUCAUUGAUCGGCUGCUCGAAGUGAGAGGAAGCAGGCCUGGAAAGCAAGUGCAGUUGCUAGAGACAGAGAUUCGAUACUUGUGCACAAAGGCACGGGAAAUUUUCAUUUCUCAACCUAUAUUGCUCGAGUUGGAAGCCCCAAUCAAGAUUUGUGGCGAUAUUCACGGUCAAUACUACGAUCUUCUUCGCCUGUUCGAAUACGGCGGUUUCCCUCCCGAAGCGAACUACCUCUUCCUCGGAGACUACGUGGAUCGUGGCAAACAAUCCCUCGAGACCAUCUGCCUGCUUCUGGCCUACAAGAUCAAAUAUCCAGAGAAUUUCUUCGUCCUGCGAGGAAACCACGAAUGUGCUAGCAUCAACCGUAUUUACGGCUUCUACGAUGAAUGCAAACGGCGAUACAACAUCAAGUUGUGGAAGACCUUUACGGAUUGCUUCAACUGUCUGCCAAUCGCUGCGAUCAUCGAUGAAAAGAUCUUCACCAUGCAUGGAGGAUUGAGCCCUGAUCUCAACUCGAUGGAACAAAUACGUCGCGUCAUGCGUCCCACGGAUAUCCCCGACUGCGGUCUUCUCUGCGACUUGCUCUGGUCCGAUCCCGACAAGGACAUCACGGGGUGGAGCGAAAACGACCGAGGUGUCUCGUUCACCUUCGGCCCCGAUGUCGUCUCGAGGUUCUUGCAGAAGCACGACAUGGACUUGAUUUGCCGUGCUCACCAGGUAGUCGAGGAUGGUUACGAGUUCUUCUCCAAACGACAGCUUGUCACGUUGUUCAGCGCACCGAAUUAUUGUGGCGAGUUUGAUAAUGCUGGAGCCAUGAUGAGCGUCGAUGAAAGCCUCUUGUGCUCGUUCCAGAUCCUCAAACCUGCCGAAAAGAAACAAAAGUAUGUCUAUGCCUCUAAGGGCUCAAGCAGGCCUACUACUCCGCCUCGCAAGUCCAAAAACUAGUCUCUCGACUUGGGCUGAUACGAGAACGUGAUAGCAGAUUUGGAAGAAGAUAGGAUCGCCUUCUACCUUCCCCUACGAAACGGUAAUCGGUGUCUAUUCUCCCUCGGUUCGGCAGUGUGCGACUAAACAAUCUACCUUACUCCGCGCCUCAAUAUUGGUCCUGUAGACGAGUUUUUUUUGCCAGUUCUAGCCUCCUCGCCUCCAUACGUUGACGAAUUCCCUUUGGCCGAGUACGAUUCUUCGGCGAAAUCAUACUCGAUGAGUUACACAACAAACGCGACGAAAACAUGUACUUGCAACCAUCCAGCACAUUCUUGAAACAAGGCUGUCAAGCACGGGGGAUCGAGUUGAAACCAGGCACGGACUUUCUCUCUCAUGCUUUCACAAGUCAUUGAAAAGGGCAAUGGACAGAUCGACUCUCUGGGAUCCAGGACUAUGGGACUAUGGGAUAUGGGCAUUAGUUUUUUGGCCUUGGCGAUACUAAUUCAAGAUGCAAUCCUCCCCUUUUUUUACCGCUGUGUUAAAGUGUGUGAGCAAACGAAAGAGAAUUGGAAGAUGAUGGGGAGACGAAAUGCGAGGGCGGCCAGGCGUCGGAUACGCAUCUUCUCAGAUCCUCCUCCUGUAACAUGCAAGAUGGCUUUUUACCUGUUUCUCUCUCUCUCUCUCUAUCCAUUGAUGUUCUGAUGCCUGACGAGUUAGAGCCUUUCCUCGACUAGAACGACGAUCGUACGCAAGAAUAUCUAUUACCAGCACAGCAUUGCCAGCAGAGAUGACGAGUUGUGUUUCUUUCCCUUCAGAAUAGUAGAACAUGUGCC